GCCUUUCCAUUUCACUGCCCUCCCUCGAAAGGCGGCGCAGCCGAGGAACUGAGGAAGGAAGAGAAGCCCGCAGGCUCCGCUAGGGCGAGAGAGGUCGGCGCGAUUCGGGGAUGGGCAAGGGCGGCGAACUCUGGGACGAUUCGGCGCUGGUCGACGCCUUCGACCGCGCCAUGUGCACCUUCAAGGAAAUGCAUUGCAAGAGCAAGCGAGCAGCGCCAAGUGAGGAUGGGAAGACCGAACAAGCUGCUGCUACUGCUACUACUGCAGAAGAAGAGGAGCCCAUUACUGCUGGAGCAGCGGAUGGAGAGGAAGAUGCCAACUGUGACAACACACCUUGUGGUCAGUCAGAGACACAGCAGCAGCCCUCUGAAGAAAUGCUGACAGUUGAGCAAGCUCCUCUUCAAGAAACUGGUCCAGGCAAAGAGACACAUGUUUCAGAGGCUAAAACGCUCUCCACAGAUGCUAGUACUGAUGCUGAUGGAAAUUUGAGCUCAAGCCAGCAAACUGGGGAGUACAAUGAAUUGCUGAGGCAAUACUAUGAGCUUGAGGAGAAGAGUCGGAACAUUCUUGAGCAACUCCAACAAACAAACUAUUGGAAUUAUCAAGCACCAGGAUAUGCUUCUACAACCCAACAGCAGCAAGUUCCUGUCUAUAGUGCCACAGCACCAGAUCCUUACUCUUCCACCUCUCAAUCCUCAUGCUGCAAUUGGAAUGUUCCCCUGGUAUCAGUAUCCUGCUGUUCAGCUGGCCAACCAAGUGGAGGUUCUUCUUGUAUGCCACCUACUGCUGGCUGCAGCGUAUCAUUGACUUGUGAUCAAUGCCCAGGUGCAAGCACUGCAUACCCUAGUGUUUCAAACUUCAUGCAGGCCCCAACAAAGGUAUCUACCAAUGAUGAUCAAGUUGCUAAGGCCGCAAUGAUGACUGCUGAAGGUGCCUUUAAUUUUAUGAAAAGUACGAUAUCUGGACUGCCUGGAGCCCAAAGAAACGAAUCUGAUACUGGAAAGGAGGAAAGCACGAGUAUGGGCAUGAACCCAAAUCUUGAUAGUGAUCUUGCUGCUCUCUUGAAUUCAUGGUAUGCUGCUGGGUUCUACACUUGCAGGUACCUCAUGCUGCAAUCUGCGAAAAAUUCCAGACCUUAGUGUAGUAGUCUAUGGCCGUCUUGAGAUAGGUGUCUGAGAACAAGCAAGCUGAAGCAUCACUGGGUGCCUGUGCGCCUUCAACUAUGAAUAUUUUGCUGGAGUUGUGUCUGUAUUAUGUCAUGCUGGUCACAGCUAUUUCAAGCUAGACUUUCGGUAUGUUCAUAUGUGAAUCUGUUGACGUCAGGCAGCAAAAUUGGGUAAAAGAGUUAACUGUUGCAUUAACCUAUCAGAUAUUCAUCGUGUAUAUAGCGCUGCCAUCUGUAAUGGCAGGCUGUUUUCGGUAGGAUGCCAUUUGUGCUAACUCGAGUAGCGGCUGCUUAUUCCCGUGGCGUUUGGCAGCUUCCAUCCCCCGGUUGUUGAUUGCAAGAUUAAAGCAGUGCGGCCAGAAA